CUCGUCUUCGCAUCCCCCACUGGCAACAGGAUGGCGCGUCGUGCGGCAGCAGCCCUCAAGAGCCUGCUGAAGCUGCGUAUCCCUGCAGGCGGCGCAUCUGCAGCUCCACCGACAGGCCCUGCCCUCGGUCAGGCCGGUGUCAACAUCAUGGAGUUCUGCAAGGACUUCAAUGCCCGCUCGGGGCAUCUGGUGAAGGACACGCCCGUGCCCGUCGUCGUCAAGGUCUUCGAGGACAGGACCUUUGAGUUCACCACAGGUCCCCCUCCCACCUCCUUCUUCCUCAAGCGCGCGGCCGGGAUCGACAAGGGUGCGUCCAAGCCAGGACACGAGGUGGCUGGACAAGUCUCGCUCAAGCAGGUCUACGAGAUCGCCAAGAUCAAGCACACAGACCCGCGCCAGUCGCUGGAGGGCCUCUGCCGCUCAAUCAUCGGUUCGGCGCGGUCCAUGGGCAUCGAGGUCAUCCGCAAGUAGUAGUAGGCGUCACAGCAAACGACGUAGGCCACCCCAAACACAAACGCGAACACGAACAAGACGGACGUGGACACGGACACCACAAACAUAGGCACGGACACAAACACGGACGCGAUCCGCUCUGUCGCCCACUCAGGCCGCCAUACUUCUAGAUCUUGAAUCUCCACCAAACUCACCCCUCCCCCCCC